AUGGACGAUCCAUGGGCAGCACCAACAUGGUCGUCAUCAUCAAAGCCAACAUCGUCAAUGAUCAUGCCCUCCCCAGGUCGUACUACCCCUCCACCGCGAUUUGACGAUUCUGAUCCUUGGGGUAUAUCUCAAGCUUCCGAGACCGCAGUAAUAGUACCAACGGUAACGGAUCAAUCUUUGAGGAACCAGCCUGAGGUCAAAGAAGCUCCUGUGUGGGGAGGCGAGGAUCACGCUUCGUGGGGAGCUGAAAGCGCGGACAGGGAGCUCGCGGAUCCUCAAACAAAAAUGGAAAAAGCAGAAUCUGAGGACAACCCAGUAUGGGGAACAAAUACGAAUGUACAAGAGGAACCUCCAAUACCUAUUACGCCUGAUCACCACAUACCUUCACCGUCAUCUUUAUCACCAACGUCUUUUAAAUCUCCUUCCCCCAUAUCAGCUCCUUCGGGUCCUAUAUCUCCACAUAAGAUCCCUUCGCCGUCCUUUACACACUCGCCAAAAUUCGAACUUCCCAUAAGUUCAGAGGAUCUGCCUUCAUCGACAUUACCCAGUUUCACACCAAUACCCAAAUCACCUUCAUUUGGUGACGAUUUUGGUGGCUUUGCAACUGGCUCAGCGCUCAACUCUUCCGGAAAUGACCCUUGGGGUGGAAGCAAUGAUAUAGCUGGGCCAAGUACUGUUACAUCAAAAGACAAUUCAGGAUGGGGAGGAGAAGAGAUCUCAUGGAGUAGAUCGGGACCUACGGAUCAAUCUUGGGGAGGCGAGAUUGAGAACACCUAUGGUCAUGAUGUGGAAAGUCCUUUCAAGUCAAUAUUACCUGAACGAGAGGAAGAAGAAGAAGAAGACGCGGAAGGCGAUGAUGAAGGUUGGGGAAGAGGUAGGCUACCGCCAAAGAUAGAAACCAGACCUCAGGGAAACAAUGAUUGGGAAGAAGCACAACGUAAAAUCAGAAUCAAACAACUAAGAGCACCACAAGAAAAGAUCGAUCAACUUGCCAAAGCUUGGACGGAAUUGUUAGGUAGUGUAAUACAAUCUGAGCUAGAAAAAAGGACUGGUGCAGAAGAAAUGCAAUUCGAGGAGAAGGUGAGGAAGCUUGAAGAUGAUACUAUUGAUCGUCUAAGAUCUCUCACAAACAUUCCUCCCGAUAUCAACACUUAUCCGCCUUCGUUAACAUCUUUGACGACCCAUGAACGAUUCGUUUACGCCCUUCAACGGCCUAUUCCGUCACCGUCAACUUCCCUUCUGACAACUACCGUUUCUCGACGAUCUGCUCAAGUGGACCCACUCACAUUUACCAGCGCAAAUCAAGAAACGUCGUGGACAAGCAGAUCAAUGCUGGGUGAGCCUGAUGCUCCUACAUUCGAUGGAUCGAUACAGGAGGAACAAAAUAAAAGCAAAUGGUCAUUCUGGGGUAAGAGACCUGUCCCAGAAAGACAACUUACGACUUCCGGUGGAGGAGUACUGGAACGCAAAUCUGUCUCUUCACCUGAUCCAUCAAUUGAAAGACAUAUAUCGGAUGUACAUUUACCCUCAGUAUCAUCUUCUAGAGCACCUUCGAUAUCUGUUCAGCCUUCUCGACCUUCCUCCCCUGCGCCUACACCCACCCUUCCCUCAUCAACUUCGCACGAUUCAGUGGGCCAAGCUGCUAAUUCAGGUCCAUUACCCCAAUCGCAACCGAUUCAAGCAGGUCCUUCAGCGGUGUCUAGGUUCUUUGGUCGACUGUCACGUAAUAAACCAUCAGCAACCACGUCGACGCAGGAGGUGGAUGCGAAAGAUCUCGAAUUGUCAGCUGAUGACUUUUCUUUCUUGUCCGAGGUGCCCUCGAUCACUCAACCUCCCGCAGAGAAAGGUGUCGGAGAUCUACUAGCAUUGGAACCAGGCAGGAAUGAACAAAUCGCAUCUCUUGAAAGUCUACUUAAUUCGAAACCGGCACCUUUACCUAAACCUCUUGCGCCUCCCCCUAAGGGUCUUUCAGGCUCCCAAGCAGGUGCUGGGAAAUUUGUCGCUAGAAUGAAAUCACCUCCGCCGAACGACAUGGACCUAUUGGGUGACCUAGAUUUUGCCGGAAAUAUCACAUCUGCGGCUCAAUCGCCUAUAACACAAUCGCCAUCCACAGAAAUCGCUUCUCAUGCUAAUAACGCGUGGGAUGAUUUCUUAUCACUCGGAUCUAGCAGUCAAACAACCAAUUCUGUCUCUCGUAUCAUAUCACCGUCUACUCCGAUUGCAGCGGCGCCUCUGACAGCGGUCAGGUCCGGUACACCUACUGUAUCUCUGUCGCCACCUCCGCCUGUGUCGUCGAUAAUGCCUAAUUUGUCAUCUACGGUCAAUUUCGAACCUAAACCGUCAAUGCCUGAGAAGAAUGGCUCAUUAGUAACAAGUGACUUUGGUGAUAUUGAUGAUUUCGGUACGCCUCAACAUGCUUCCAUCUCGACAUUUGACGAUUUUGGUGAUUUCUCCGCAUUCCAAUCUACCACCAGUACUUCCACCGUGCCUGUACCUUUAUCGUCCAUGAGCAAACCUCUUCCGGUGUUGAAUCAGAUGCCUACCAAACCGGCUAUAGCAUCCACACCAGCACCUUUAUCUAAAUCAUCAUCGAUGUCUACACCUGUCAAUCAUGCAAGACCAGGUUCAUUAGACCACACGCCUACCAUAAAUCUACUUUCAGGGGCUUCAGCAUCGCGAGGUAAAAGGUGGCCUGCGCCCCCAAGUCCAAUUGCGCCGGUCUUAGCACCACCCCCGAAACCCGCUCAACCUCACCAAGUUCAAGCCGGAUUCCCGUUUCUUAGUCCUCCACCUCCCGGAAGACCCAAUUCAAGAGGAAGUUUACUAGACGGUGCUGAAAAAUCACGCACACCAAAAUCUCACUCGAAUACAACGACAAACGAUUUGGGUCCUAGUUCUUCGUCUAUGUUCGGAGGUGCAUUGGAACCUUCGAGAUCAACUACUCCAAACCAAAUGGCACCAUCGCUAGCAGUCAGUCCGACGCUGAGCUCCAUGAACCCGCAAGGAAAAGGCGGUCUUUCUGCGCAAGACUUGUCCUUCUUCGACAGCUUAUGA